AUGGACGAGGAUCGCCCAUUUCGCAUGUGGUUCCCACAAACGACAAAUAAAUUCCGAAGAAUGUCUUUCAUCCCAAAAUUGUCGAAAAGGGACAUAUCGAAAUGCCGUGCUGUCGCGAACAGUGUGGAAUGGGAUAGCGUGUUACCAGAAACGGACACGGUUGAUGAAGUCAAGAUGAGGGAAAAACGGUUGAGAACUGAUAUUGGUUUUGGACCUACUUUGCGGCGACGCCUUUGCGAUUACUUGGCAAGAAAUCACAAGACCUGUAGCAACGGCAGUUAUAAGGUGGAUAACUUGGAUUACUUCGCACGUGCAGAGAUAUCCACUACUGAGAGUGACGUUCUGAAACAAUGCUCUGUGAGUGUAAGUGGGUUCAUGAAUGAUUUUGGCAGCUGUCUUGCUCAUCGACGCUGGGAAAUU